AAGAAAUUAAUCAAUGGGAGUCCAACCAAUAUCGCAUGCAGGCAACACACACACACAUGCAUUCAGAGGAGGGAGUCAGGCGUGCAUGCGUAUGCAUAUCCGCCGUUCGAACACGAAUAUUGAGUUCGGCAAAAAAGUGCAAAGUGAGGCUAGGCUGCCCCGAGACAGAGACCCGUUCGCACUGAGAGUGAGGAAAGCAAUGCGAAAGGACAGGUGCAGGCAGCCCAAAUGGUCGUGUGUAUCAUCCUGCCUGACAGAGGCGUAUCGCAUCGUCUGCAGGACCCACCUCUCUCGAUUGGUCGUGUCCGCCUUCUGUGUGCCUGGCCUGGCUGGCUGGUUGUGUGAUGUCUGUCCUUCCUGGAGGAACUCGGGUGGGAAUAUAAGAUGAGAUGUGUAGAGAAAGGGACAAACAAUCCGUCCGUGAGACACGCAGUGACGCACACGAAGGGGCGACAGCAAGAAACGAACCCCUCAUCAGGGCGCAAAAAUCCCAUCGAAAGAAAGACCCAUAUGCGGGGCGCGUCCUUGAAACCAAUAUGACGCGCCCUCUGGCUCGCUCAGGAAAGAUAUAUAGAGAAAGUGCCACACAACCCCGUGUACAAAUACGACCCUCCCUCUUCGCGCAGACACACAGACAGACACACAGACACGCAGACAGAUAUAUAGAUAUACAGGCAGCCUCAGGCAGGCAGGCACUCACUAAAAUUUCGCCCAUUCUCAUGUUGUCUGUUUGUUUUUCGCGCGUGCGAUGUCAGUAGACGAAUGGACGGCACGCACGUGUAUUGAGGGGGCGGGGGGAGGGGAGGGGCAGCGUGGGGUGAAGAUGGGUGUCGUUCAAGGGAGUUCGCUCACUGCUCAAUCAAAAGAUGAUGAGAGAUAGUAGCUGAGGUCAGUUAAGUGCCAUGAUCCAUGCAUUUCUAAUGCAUGCAUUCAUCCGUCCGUCUGUCUAUCCAUCCGUGUACACAUCACAUCCUCCCUCCCUCCCUCCAAUCCACAUGUGUAUAGGUUACACACACAUACGGCCGGCCACCCCCCACCCCAUCCACCCACUUCGCGUAUGCAUUACGGGCGUACUGACUGAGGAGAUAGAAAAACAGCCAAUGACAGACACGGGAGGGAGGGGGACCGACGGACAGCAAAAACGCGACCCUCCACAUAACAGAUCCGUACGUGUGCGCAAAAUACAUACGAGCAUGGUGCUACAUACGAUCUCUCUCUCUCUCUCUCUGGAUGCAGGCACAUCACAUGUCCAUGCGAUAUAGACGGCGGCCGAGCACGCACGUGGCCGAUCCAGCCCUCGGAGCUGGUGAGCCGAGGCGCGCGAGCUCACUUUCAUUCAUUCUCACGCUGAAUGAAUGCAGAGCACGCAACGAGGAAGAAAUGAUCACAUGCAUACCAACGUGCGUGCACAAGCAAGACAUACACACAUACAUACAUGGACAGCCACGCACGCAGGCAGGCAGGCAUGAAAGCGGGAAGGGCAUGCACCAGCCAGCCAGUCAGCCAGUCAUCCAACCAGACAUACAGACGGUAAGCAUCCAUCCAGCCAACAUCCAUCCAUACCAUGCACCCACCCACCCGAGCAAGAAUGACCAUGUCAUGACCAUCAAUCACCAUACAUACAGACGAGACAAAACUCCCCUUGAUUGCUCCUUUCUCUCUUUCCCGCCCGGAGUGAGCAUGGCAUGCACCUCUCCUUUCUACGCAGCCUCUGUCGGCUGUGUCUGCUGCUGCUGCUGCUGCUGCCUGUUGGUGGCCGACUUGAGCAUGCCGAACACUAGACGAAGCGAGCAGCCACUAGACCACUCACAACGUUACAAAUGCAGCCCUGCACGUUUGAAAGGACUGCCUGUCUGUCUGGGCUGGCCACUAGCGACAGCAUGAUUGAGACCACAACACACUGAUUGAGGCCACAGCACACAUACACCAUGAGAAACUCGAGAACACACAGCCACCGGGAACACAGACAACACACUCCGGCACGCAACAGACACAUCCGCAAAGCCAGAAGAGCCGUUCGUCUGAGUGUAGGACUUGUUGAUCUUGUUUUGAAGAAAAAGCCGACACGGCCGUCGUACUAGUACACACACGAACAACACGAACAGUACGCAAGCAACCCAGCGCCUCAGAUAGAACUGCCGCAUCAUGGUUGCGGCAGCGAGGCGAAAAAUACACUUGGGGGGGAACUUCACAGGACACCCACCACAUAAGGCAGCCACCAUAUGACCAUGGAACACGAGGAAAAUACAAAUAACCCACUCCCGGGGACGCACGCAGACACGUUAGCUAUAAAUUCGCACAUUCGAAUAAGUUGUUGGCCCUUUUCCUCCACGAGUUCCUCCACCUUCUUCAUCCACUCAUGUCGGCGAGGCAGGCCGACUAGUUGCUGCGGGACCGACUGUAGCCGUUGCACUUGCGGUGUGCCACGGUGGUGCAAUCUUUCUGGUUGCGGCUGAAGUCUAUCUGGAUGGUCGUGUGCAAGAUCUUGAAAUGAUCCUAGCAAGACACGCACACACAAGCAAGUGCUGGGUGGUCCCUACCGACGUGCUCUGGUCUCUCUGCUCACGCACCUGGCAUAUCCUGGUGGCCGUUUUGGUAAUGCGUAUGCGUCUCGCCAUGUCCUCCUGCUCGGCCACAAUGUGCACCGAGAGGACGGGCUUGCCCACCGACAGCGACCACACGUGGAGAUCGUGCAACUCGACCACGCCUAAGAAAUCAGCACACACAGACCGUUGCAUGCAGCACACGGGCAAGAAGGACGCUGGCUCGCUGCGAGGUGGGUUUCUGACCAGGAAUGAGUGUGAGGUCAUCUUGGAGGUGUUCGAGAUCGACGUUCCGAGGGGUGCCCUCCAUCAGGAUGCUCACGGCGUCGCGCAGGAUGCUGACGGUGCUCCACAGCACGAAGAAGGAGAAGAUGAAUGUGCAGAUGGGGUCAGCAAUCAGCCAGUCGGGGUUGAUCCAGAUGCACGUCCCAGCUGUCACCACACCCACACUCUGACCGAUCACACAGUCGCACAAACGCCACGCUUCGAUGACAUAUUGUUUCGACUAUCCAUCCCCAGUGGCAGGCAGGCACCUGGAGGAGGUCCCCCAGCGCAUGCAAGUACGCGGCCCGUAGGUUCAUGCUGCCCUCCUCAGCCGGGACAUCCGCCGACUGCUUUGCCUUGGUCCUGCUGCACUCAUACGGCAGCGGCGCCGGGGGCUCCUCAGCAUCAUGUGCAUGCACGUCUAUCGCGUGGUGAUGCUCGUGCUCGUGUUGGUGGUGAUGGUGAUGGUGGUGGUCAUGGUGGGCGCAAGGGCCACAUCCGAGCGUCUGUGCAUGGUCCUGGGCAUUGUGCUCAUAGUGGGCAUGGGUAUUGUGGGCAGGCUGAGAGUGGUGGGCGUCCUCAUGGCCGUGGCAAUGGCCGCAAUCGCCGCCUAAGCCGUGAUUGUGCACCUGCGACACACACAGGGAGACAGAGGGAGAGAGAGAGAUGGGUCCAGAAAUCAGUCACGCAUACAAGCGCUCGUCUGUGGCCACCUUGAGUAUUUGGGUCAUCACGACGUUCGCACCCAGGCCGACGAUAGCCACAAUAGUCAUGAUUGCACCAUCCUUUCCACCACAUAAAAGACAUCCAUCGCAUUCCUGGCGAUCGUCUACUUGGGUCCUUACGCACCACAGGUUCUGGAGCGAUGACCUUCUGGACAGCCUCAUACACCAGCCCUAUUGUGAGUCCCCAGAUGAGCAUCACAGAUGUCAAUGCUCCUAGAAUCUCCAUCCGAUGAUAUCCGAACUUCGUGCAUACAGCGCACAGACAGAUUGACAGGACACCACUCAAUGCGCGUAUGUAUGGCAUACGGGCAGUAUUCAUAGGUGAGGCACUCACCGAGAGUGUGCUGCCCCCGCUCUUCGAAGCGACCCAAAUCGCAAAGAGCCUUCAUAGAUAAACCCACCCACCCGUUGUGCACGUCGGACUCUCUCUACGUCCCACCCCUGUGUACACGCCGACUCACCCGAUUGCGUUCGCGAUCAAGUCGGUCAGCCUUCAUCAGAAAGCAUACAAACCAGAGAGAUGGCCUGCGGUCGUGGCAUCGUCUCCCUUUCUCCCCGUCUCUUUCUCUGUCUGUGUGCACAUCCACUCUGCAUACAUGUGCGUGGCGUCCGUCAUGAGAGCUAUGGAAGACGCGAGGUAACCCCCAACCACCUCCGCAACCAUGAACACCACCUGCAGUCAUAGAUCAUCAGAUCAUCAGAUCAACACAAGCACAGGGACACGUAUACCAUGAUGCAUGCGUUGUCAUGAUGCAUGUAGCCCCUACGCAGACGACGGACGCCCAGAUGAGUUUCGUCUUGACAGUGGCCUGGUUGGCGUGGUAGGCAGCCUAGUGAGCUCGAAGAAAACGCGGCGUCAGCGAGACGCUGCCGCGAGGCGUGGAUCCAGACCUGGGAGAGAACCAGAGAGCUCCGCUGUUGAAGGGAGAAUGCCACUUGGGAGACUGAACUUCAUUGCGGGCCAUGAUAUGCAUCUUCCGAAAACCAACACAGUAACGGAUGGAUGCCAGGCG